GAUAAAGCUUAUAGUGGCAUAAGGCAAAUGGAGAUUGUCGUGUUCGGGCCGGUUGUUGGGUCUAUCCACAUCGACUAUGAUCAUAACGGAUCUCUCGUACGUUCAUGCAGGCAUGGUGAAUCCCAUGAGGGCCAAACUUCUACGGUUACACUAGAUUACCCAGACGAAUAUUUGACUUCAAUCUCCGGCUGUACAAACACUGAUAUCAGCAUUAUCCAGUCACUCUCGAUCCACAGUAACCGGAGGAAAUAUGGACCAAUUGGCGAUGAAAAUGGGAAUCCUUUCUCUUUUCGUGAUAAACAAAUUAAGGACGGAAAGAUACUCGGAUUCUUCAGGAAGUGUAGCUCCUAUGUCAAUUCUAUCGGAGCAUAUAUUGGGCCAAUUUCACAUCCACACCCAUUCAAAACCAUAGGUCCAUUUGGUAACCGGGAUCGAAAUUCUUGGGACGACGGAAAGCAUCCAGACAUAAGGCAGAUCGAUGUGGUCUUUGAUACAGAAGUUGAGUCUAUCAGCAUCAUUUACGACAAUCAUGGUCACCACACAAUUCCCUUCGCACACGGUGAAAAAGGUGGAGGCAAAUUCUACUCGGUUAGGUUGGUCUAUCCGUAUGAGUACUUAAGAUUGAUCUCGGGCUACCUGAGAGAACAUCUUGGCAGACACAUUCUACAAUCAAUCUCAUUCAGCAGUAACACGAGAAAGUAUGGACCAUUUGGUCGAGAGGUUGGGAUACCAUUCAGUGGUCCUUCAACCGGUGGCAAGAUUGUGGGAUUCUACGGAAGCUGCAAUGGCCAUCUUGAUUCCAUUGGAGCGUAUCUUGAACCAGUUUCUCACAAACAUCCUAUGAGAACUGUCGGACCUUUCAGAGGUAACGGUGGAAGCCCUUGGGAUGAUGGGUAGCAUAUCGGUUUAAGGCAAAUCAUUAUCAGGUACGGAGAUGUGGUUGAUUCCAUUAAAUGCGUAUACGAUGACAAUGGAACCUCUUUGGAAGGAUUGAAGCAUGGUGCAGAUGGUGGCCCCCUGUCAGUACCCCAUUUUAGCUCACCAAUUCAAGCAAUGCAUAUUAGCAAUGAUUCAGGCCCUGACUUGAGCAUCGAUGUAGAAAAGCGUUCGAUAGAGCAGCAAAUUGCUCUUCAUCCUCAAGUCAACAGAAAUAGGCAGAUGAUUCAAGUAUACGACAGAAGAGCAUACAGAAUCAUCCAACAACAUACAGAGCAAACAGGGAGCCUAAACGGUAUCCAAACCGGUGUUUUCAAAAUACAUUGCCGACAGUAUUAUUUUCUGCUGGUUCGUUCGAUCAUCAGAAAAUAUCCAAUAUUGGACUCCAAAAAUCCCUCACGGCGCCAAACAGAUGAAAAGUGUCUCUGAACACAGUUCGCAGAUCAUCUGCUCUAUACAGAGCAACUUUCUGCAUACAGACAACUUUUCAGUGGGAGUCCAAAAACGUCGGUUCACCAAAGAAAAGUUAAUGCUCGCUGUCAGAUACUGUCACAUCCAACAAUUACACAGAGCAUGAGCAUUGCUUCAGAUCGUCUCUCGGAAGUCACAUAGACUCCUCGAAUAUCUCCCGAGCGGCAGAACAAGUAUACCUUUCAACGAAAAAUCAUAUUUGGAGACUGGUCUGACAGAGCAUCGGCAAGUCAAGUUAGUCAUGCAUUUCCCCAAAAACUACAGCGGACAUACGCAAUUGGGCAAAUCAGACUGCAAUAUCUCUUUUAGUUUCCCGAAUGACCUCCGAAUGGCAGAAAAGACCGUUUCAACGGAAAUUCAUAACCGAAGGUCCUUUUGGCAGAAACUUGACGUCAGAUAGUUGGCCAAUACAGUGCUACACAUUCUAAGGCUUAGUGUGAAAUCCUCAGAUGGAAUUGCACAAUUCAUCUAGGCCCUCAGAACAAUACUUUUAAGGUCUCAGAUGCAAUUUUUCAAUCCUUAAGGGUUUGUGCUCAACGAACAGAGAUCAUAGCGA